ACGCCGGUUUCCUGCUCUUGUUUGCACCGGCGCGAGGUAGCGUCUGGAAGGCGCUGCUCUUCCGGUUCUCUGUCAGGGUUCUUGGGGCUGCACUGACAGAGCCUACAAACAUGUCGGGGUUCAGUCCGGAACUCAUCGACUACCUGGAAGGGAAAAUCUCCUUCGAGGAGUUCGAACGGCGGAGAGAAGAGAGAAAAACCCGCGAGAAGAAAGUGAGGCAAUGCUAGGCCACGGUGCCCUUCACUCUCGUUGCCCUGCUGCACUUAGGUGUGGGGGAGCCAGACAACCGCUUUCGCUGUGGUGGGGCGGGCUGGGAACUUUCAGCAGCUUCCUUAUCUUAGAGAAACUCCGAUUGUCACCCCUCAUCCCUGUGCUAAGCUUCUUAAAACGUUUUCCCCCACCGGAAAGCUUUUGUCUUGAUGGUAACCUCUUCUUUUCCCCCCUAAUACUACGUUUUUAUCUCAGAGUAGCUUAAUGCUGAGUCUUCAGGAAAAAGGAAGACUAUCAGCUGAAGAAAAUCCCGAUGACUCUGAAGUUCCAUCAUCAUCAGGAAUUAAUUCUACCAAAUCCCAAGACAAAGAUGUCAAUGAAGGAGAAACUUCAGAUGGAGUGAGUAAGUCAGUUCACAAAGUCUUUGCUUCCAUGCUUGGAGAGAAUGAAGAUGAGGAGGAGGAAGAGGAAGAAGAGGAGGAGGAGGAGGAAGAAACAUCUGAGCAACCUACUGCUGGCGAUGUAUUUGUAUUGGAGAUGGUUCUCAAUCGUGAAACCAAGAAAAUGAUGAAAGAGAAGAGGCCUCGGAGUAAACUUCCCAGAGCUCUGAGAGGUCUCAUGGGUGAAGCCAACAUUCGUUUUGCUCGAGGAGAACGUGAAGAGGCAAUAUUGAUGUGCAUGGAAAUCAUAAGACAAGCUCCUCUGGCUUAUGAGCCAUUCUCUACUCUUGCCAUGAUAUAUGAGGACCAAGGUGACAUGGAAAAAUCAUUGCAGUUUGAGUUGAUUGCUGCACAUUUAAAUCCCAGUGACACAGAAGAAUGGGUUAGACUGGCAGAAAUGUCUCUGGAACAAGACAAUAUUAAGCAGGCUAUUUUUUGCUACACGAAAGCGCUUAAAUAUGAACCUACUAAUGUCCGUUAUCUGUGGGAGCGAUCAAGCCUUUACGAACAGAUGGGUGAUCAUAAAAUGGCCAUGGAUGGUUAUAGGCGUAUUUUAAACCUGUUGUCUCCGUCUGAUGGUGAACGUUUCAUGCAGCUGGCUAGAGAUAUGGCAAAGAGUUACUAUGAAGCCAAUGAUGUUACUUCUGCUAUUAACAUAAUUGAUGAAGCUUUCUCAAAACACCAGGGCCUAGUCUCCAUGGAAGAUGUUAACAUAGCAGCUGAACUAUAUAUUUCAAACAAACAGUAUGACAAAGCUUUGGAGGUAAUUACAGAUUUUUCUGGAAUUGUGCUGGAAAAAAAAACUUCAGAAGAAGGCACUUCAGAAGAAGGCACUUCAGAAGAAGGCACCUCAGAAGAGAAUAAAGCUCCUGAGAAUGUUACCUGCACUAUACCUGAUGGCGUGCCAAUAGAUAUCACAGUGAAGCUGAUGGUCUGCCUUGUACAUCUCAACAUCCUUGAACCACUUAAUCCUCUCUUGACAACACUAGUAGAACAGAAUCCUGAAGAUAUGGGAGACCUAUACCUAGAUGUUGCUGAAGCUUUUCUGGAUGUUGGUGAAUAUAACUCUGCACUUCCCCUCCUCAGUGCUCUUGUUUGCUCUGAAAGAUACAACCUUGCAGUAGUUUGGCUUCGUCAUGCAGAAUGUUUAAAAGCCUUAGGCUAUAUGGAGCGAGCUGCCGAAAGCUACGGCAAGGUGGUUGAUCUGGCCCCACUCCAUUUGGAUGCAAGGAUUUCACUUUCUACCCUUCAGCAGCAGCUGGGCCGGCCUGAGAAAGCUCUGGAAGCUCUGGAACCAAUGUAUGAUCCAGAUACUUUAGCACAGGAUGCAAAUGCUGCACAACAGGAACUGAAGUUAUUGCUUCAUCGUUCUACUCUAUUGUUUUCACAAGGAAAAAUGUAUGGUUAUGUGGAUACCUUACUAACUAUGUUAGCCAUGCUUUUAAAGGUGGCAAUGAAUCGAGCCCAAGUCUGUUUGAUAUCGAGUUCCAAAUCUGGAGAGAGGCAUCUCUAUCUUAUUAAAGUAUCGAGAGACAAAAUAUCAGACAGCAAUGACCAAGAGUCAGCAAAUUGUGAUGCAAAAGCAAUAUUUGCUGUGCUCACAAGUGUCUUGACAAAGGAUGACUGGUGGAACCUUCUGUUGAAGGCCAUAUACUCCUUAUGUGACCUAUCCCGAUUUCAAGAGGCUGAGUUGCUUGUAGAUUCUUCAUUGGAAUAUUAUUCAUUUUACGAUGACAGGCAGAAACGCAAAGAACUAGAGUACUUUGGUCUGUCUGCUGCAAUUCUGGACAAAAAUUUCAGAAAGGCAUACAACUAUAUCAGGAUAAUGGUAAUGGAAAAUGUCAAUAAACCCCAGCUCUGGAACAUUUUCAAUCAAGUUACCAUGCACUCCCAAGAUGUACGACAUCAUCGCUUCUGUCUUCGUUUGAUGCUGAAAAACCCAGAAAAUCAUGCCCUAUGUGUCUUAAACGGACACAAUGCAUUUGUAUCUGGUAGUUUUAAGCAUGCGCUUGGACAGUAUGUGCAAGCCUUUCGCACUCACCCUGAUGAACCUCUCUAUAGCCUCUGUAUAGGCCUAACCUUUAUUCAUAUGGCAUCUCAGAAGUAUGUGUUACGGAGACAUGCUCUUAUUGUACAGGGCUUUUCCUUUCUUAAUCGAUACCUCAGUUUACGUGGGCCCUGCCAGGAAUCAUUCUACAAUUUGGGCCGUGGUCUUCAUCAGUUGGGGCUGAUUCAUCUUGCAAUCCACUAUUAUCAGAAGGCCCUGGAGCUCCCUCCACUUGUGGUAGAGGGUAUAGAAGUUGACCAGUUAGACUUGCGAAGAGAUAUUGCCUACAACUUGUCUCUCAUUUACCAGAGCAGUGGGAAUACUGGAAUGGCUCAGAGGCUUUUGUAUACCUAUUGUACUAUAUAAAGCACAUGAGAACAGAGCACUGGCAGCUGCUAUGUGAGGACCAGUAUCUUCUGCCAACUCCAAAAUGGAAACAAUUUCAGAAUUACCUAACAAAGUGUAUUUAUUUUUAAUAGGUGAUAAUGAUCUUGUGAUAUCUAUGCAAAAUUAUCAUCCCACAAAAAUUUGUAUCUUGUUCUCUCAUUUUCCUUUUCCAUUCUAUAGCAAAAUUGUUCCCAGUGCUGAAAUGGAUGUAUAAGCCUUUGAGUCAGCUUGGAGUUGAAUACACUGUUUUGCACUCACACCAUUUAUUCAUCUUUGUAUUUAAUACUAUAGCUCUGUCAGUAUCACGAGGCAGUUUUUCAAAUACAUGUAAAUAGGGGUUGCUUAUUAAAGACAAAUUAGGACUCUUUAUGAUGUCAUGACCAAGAUAACUAAGUACCUAGAGAAAAUUAUUUAAAAUAGUUAUGUGGUAGGUAGAAAGACAAAUAAUUGAUUUAGUUUUUUUACUUUUCACCUGCAUGUAUCUUAGCUACCUAAACUAUGAAACCUGGGAGGCUGGGCUUAAUU